GCCGUCCGGGAUGCGGUUGUCAGUCGGCUGCUAAGCCCUAUACGUCCAACACACGCACGUCGGUAAAUCGGGCGCGUUUUGUCUGCAGAAUUCUGUGUGUGUUGAUUUCAUUUUAUUCGUUGCGACAUCAGAUUUCAGAGGACAAUAAUUGUGCGUUUGUUACGGUGAAAUCUUUCUAAUUUCGUGAGUUGCUUUUGAUCGGCCAUGUGCUCACGAGCACGUUGAUCCACACGGUCGGGUGAAAUGUUAAUCGGUAGCGGCGCGACCGGCGCCAAUUUCGGACAGUUCGGUUCAGUUGACCAUUCGGGCGGAGGUCAUCCAGGUACAUCGCCUCAUCACGGGACGGCGGCGGUGACGGCAGCAGGAGGUGCCGGAGGUGGACAGCCUCAACAACAGCACUCGCCGGCGGGGUCUUCGUCGGGCGGCGGCGGCGGAACAGGCAGCAUGGCACCACUUCAAUUGCCGUCUUUUGGAUUCACACAAGAACAAGUCGCGUGCGUGUGCGAAGUGCUCCAGCAAUCGGGCAACAUCGAGAGGUUGGGUCGGUUUCUGUGGUCGUUGCCCAGCUGUGACAAGCUGCACAAGCACGAGAGCGUUCUCAAAGCUAAAGCUAUCGUGGCGUUUCACCGGGGCAAUUUUAAAGAACUCUACCGGUUGCUGGAGAGCAACCAGUUUUCGGCGCACAACCACCCCAAACUUCAAGCCCUCUGGCUCAAGGCCCAUUACGUAGAAGCCGAAAAGUUGCGCGGCCGACCGUUAGGCGCCGUCGGCAAAUACCGCGUCCGUCGAAAGUUCCCGCUGCCUCGGACCAUUUGGGACGGCGAAGAGACCAGUUACUGCUUUAAGGAGAAGUCCCGCAUGGUGUUACGCGAAUGGUAUGCCAGCAACCCCUACCCGAGUCCCAGGGAAAAACGCGAGCUUGCUGAAGCUACGGGACUCACCACUACCCAAGUGUCAAACUGGUUCAAAAACCGGAGACAACGCGACCGAGCCGCAGAACAAAAAGACGGCAUGUCUGGAAGUCGGAGUCCUACCGGCGUGGGCGAUGGAUGUGAAAAAAUGGUAGGCCCUCCUUCAAACUUGGAUUCAAGUUCGUCCGAGUCUAUUGACGGCGAUAUUAAAUCGCACAUUCACAUGUUACACAAGCCUAGCGCUAUUUCCUUUGGACACACAAUGAUAACGGGCCAGGACCAUUUGUCGAGUCACGAAAUGAUGUUCUCUUCUGACCUCAAGUCUCCAAUGUCCGCCGGUGGCAUACCAUCCAUGAUGACCAAUCCAUCGGCUUCCGCCGUGGCCGCAUCGUACCAAUCUCAGGGGAUUGGAGGCGGUGGUGGUAUUUACGGGUCUUCAGUGGUUAGUCGUCCUUUAAUUAGCAGCGAUCAUCAUCAUCACCACCAUCACCUACAGCAGAUAUCCGCCGGUGGUCAUCCCUCGGACCCUACGCUGCUCCACGACUAUCAUUCGUUAUGACAGUGGGUAUCUGGUUACAACGGUAGCCAGCAAUAACUAUCACUCCGUGCUAACCGGAAAAAGACACUCUAGAGAUUUCAACUAUAGACGUUGACUCGAGUCGAUAUACACUGAGAAUUACUAAGGAAUCCGUUACACUUAACAACA